CUACUCCCUUGUGGCCCCCAAAAGACGACACCCACACGGGACCAGAGCUGAUUACAUAAUACUCUACAGCAUCUGGCCACUAAGUGUUGACACUCUCUGACGUUCUGCCCAGUCGCUGUUUUGAAGUUCGUCCUCAGUGCAGGUCAACAGAGUAGAAACAGCUGUAGUACCAUGGCGGCCUUCCUCCAUCACUGCCCCUUCCUGAAGUCCGCUCCAAAGCCAGCUUUAAGGAGAACCGGAGCCUCCCUCCUGUCUCUGGCGGACCAGUGCCCCAUCAUCGCCCGGCAGAUCGCUGUGGUCGGCCCGGGAUCUCUGGAGGCCAAGCUGAGCCUCUCGCCCAGCAAACCCAAGAGUCCCCAACGUCUCCUGGUGGAACAGAGGAGGCUGUUCGCUCAAACCGCCGUUCAGGUGGCCGUGGCCGCAUCGAAGGAAUGCCCGUUCGUCACCUCGCAGAUCGGGAUGGUCCGAGCCAGCCCUGAAGUCCAGGAGGACGUUAAAGAUGGUUUGAUGACGUCUCUGUUGAAGGGUUUAAAGGAUUCAGUGUUGCCAACAUCAGCUCAGUCCAACACUGUCACCCAUCUCCUUAAAGACAACAUGGUCGGACCCUGCUACGACUACGAUCUCUUCUUCACUGAGAAGAUUGCUGAGAAAAAGAAGGACCACACUUACAGGGUCUUCAAGACGGUGAACAGGAGAGCCAAGGAGUUCCCUUUCGCCGAGGAUUACUCCGUCUCUGGGCGGGAGGGCUCCCAGGUGUCCGUCUGGUGCAGCAACGACUAUCUGGGAAUGAGCAGGCACCCACGGGUCCUCAGUGCCAUAAGUGAGACCCUGGAGAGGCACGGUGCAGGAGCAGGUGGGACCAGGAACAUCUCAGGAACCAGUAAUUUCCACGUGUCUCUGGAGAGGGAACUCGCCCAGCUGCACAGGAAAGAUGCAGCUCUGGUUUUCUCCUCCUGCUUCGUGGCAAAUGACUCCACCCUCUUCACUCUGGCUAAGAUGCUACCAGGGUGCGAGUUCUACUCCGAUGCCGGGAACCACGCAUCCAUGAUUCAGGGCAUCAGGAAUAGCGGAGUCAAACGCUUCAUCUUCCGCCACAAUGACAGUCGCCACCUGGAGGAACUGCUCCAACGCUCGGACCCCAAGACACCAAAAAUAGUGGCGUUUGAGACGGUGCACUCAAUGGACGGUGCCAUAUGUCCUCUGGAAGAGCUCUGUGAUGUAUCUCAUCGUUACGGAGCCCUGACGUUUGUCGAUGAAGUUCACGCUGUGGGCCUCUACGGAGCCCACGGAGCUGGAGUGGGCGAGAGAGACAACGUUAUGCACAAGAUCGACAUUGUUUCCGGGACCUUAGGUAAGGCCUUUGGGUGUGUGGGAGGCUACAUUGCCAGCAGCGCCGCCCUGGUGGACACGGUGCGCUCCUACGCAGCCGGCUUCAUCUUCACCACCGCCCUGCCCCCAAUGGUCCUCGCCGGAGCCCUGGAGUCUGUCCGGGUCCUUAGGAGCCGCGAGGGGCAGGUGCUCCGCAGAAACCACCAGAGGAAUGUCAAACAAAUGAGGCAGCUGCUGAUGGAUAAAGGCCUGCCUGUUGUCAACUGCCCCAGCCACAUCAUCCCUAUAAGGGUGGGUAAUGCUGAACUGAACAGCAAGGUGUGCGACAUCCUGCUGGAGAGACACAACAUCUACGUCCAGGCCAUCAACUACCCCACGGUGCCUCGUGGUGAGGAGCUCCUGCGUCUGGCCCCGUCCCCUCACCACAACCCUGACAUGAUGGACUACUUUGCGGAGAAACUGGUGGAGGUCUGGCAGGAAGUGGGUCUCCCGCUCAACAGCCCAGCCACGGCUUCCUGCACCUUCUGUGACCGUCCACUGCACUUUGACCUCAUGAGUGAGUGGGAGAAAUCCUACUUCGGCACUAUGGAACCCCAAUACAUUACUGUGUCUGUGUAAUAAGGAAGUACACGUUGCACAGACAUGCAUUAAGUGCGCAUAAAUUGAUUGCUAUAUGACGCUACUUCAGGCGCACAGACAGGAUUGAGAAUGUACUGACAUUAGGUUUUAAUAUUAAUAUAUUAAUAUCACUAUCAUGAAGUAAUUACAGUAAAUUAUUUAAGUUUUCCUGUAAUCAAGCUUACUAAAUUUGUGUUUGAUACCCUGAAUAUGAUUAAAGAAAUGCUUUCUCUAUUUUAAAAGCAUCAAACCUGCACAUUUGACACUUUUUGAAAUCUCUUAUCUAGGUGUGAUGGUUUGAAUUUAAAUAUGCAGUAAGAUUUCAUACAGCAUAACAUGUAAUCAUAUCACAAUAAUAAUUGAUGUUAUUGCCUUUUUCUCAAUUUCUGCUGAUGUUUGAGUCACAAAUGUAUGAAUUAUAUAUGCAAACAUAUCUGAUUGUGGUGUUAAAUAUCUACUGCCCCCCUCAUAUUAAAUAUAUUUAAUGCUAACAAACAUUGUUAGUCUUGUAGAUGUAAAAUGAACCUGGAAGACAUGAUAUGAACUGUCCUAUGAAACAUGAAAUAAAAGUUAGAUGGUUCCUCUGGUAAA